AUGGCUAAGGUGAAUUGUCUUUUCGUUCUAUGGAUUUUGGUCUCAAUAACACAAAGUGCGGCUUCAAUGUUAAAUAAUAAUGCCAUAGCCCAGGUGGUUCUUUAUAUUAUCCGAGAACAUCUAAGCAAUUUGACAUCAACUAUUGCGUUAGCCGAACAUAGUAAAACACCUGAAACAGAAAACACAAAUACCCAUUUAUUGGACUUCAUACUUCAGAAUCUUAAAGGAAAAACUGCAGUUCAGUUUUCCCCACCUGAUUACUAUAGUCAACCGUUAAAGUACUACGUCUUCAUUGUGGACUCUCCAGAUGCAUUUAGGAUUGCAGCUCGUUCUUAUCCUCCAUAUUUCGUGUUUGCUGGAAACACAAGUCAUCCUGAGCCGAAGGGAGACUGGGAAAACAUAUCCGGUUUGGAAGGAUAUUUGUUGAAAAUUCUAGCCUUAACAAUGAACUUCACAAUUGAUUUGUUACCUUUCUCAGAACAACGAAGUUAUGCUUUUAGAGCGAAUCAAACAUAUGGAUGUUUUAAACAGUUGCAUGAUCUUGAAGCCGAUAUUGCUGUUGGGGCCUUUUGGAGUUCAAAUGGUCUCCGACAUAUUUUUUCGCCAACUGUUGGAUAUCAUUCGUCUACGUUUAUAUUUGUUGCUCGGGGAAAAAGUGUAUUAAGUUCAUUGGGUCGUCUUGCCAAGCCUUUUACAAUUCAAUUGUGGAUUCUUGUGCUGGGGUUUCUUUUACUUAUCAUGUUCUUAGCAUCAGUUUUAAAAAUGCUAAGGCUAAAAGUUUAUCAAUUUAUCUUCGGAAAAGAAAAUCACAAUCCAGUGACGAAUAUGUUGGCAGUUUUUCUAGGACAAGGAGUUAGCCAAACACCACGUCGCAAUUUCGCCAGAUAUAUUUUAUUUCAAAUGCUUCUUCUUAGUCUCGUCUUGAGGAGUGCUUAUGAAGGAUCUCUAUAUGACGCUUUUCGAAAGGAUAAUUUUGAUCGGACUCCCUCAGGAAUUGAUGAUCUUAUUAAAUUGAACUACACGCUUUUACUUACUCCAGAGGUUUUGUUAUUUAUCGUCCUUAUAGCCCAGAGUUCGGUUUUAAGUUUGGAUAAUAAAUCAUUAUCGGAAGUGGCACUCUAUAUAAUCCGUGAACGUCUAAGCAAUUUGACAUCAACUAUUGUAUUGGCUGAGAAAAGUAAAACUUCUGAAACUGCAGACACAAAUACUCGUCUGCUGAACUUCAUUCUUCAGAACCUUCAAGGAAAAACUUCUGUUCAAUUUUACCUAGGCGGCUAUUCAAAUCAACCUUUGGAAUACUACGUCUUCAUUAUAGACUCUCUAGAGGCAUUCAAGGAUCUCUAUCAAUUAUUUGCGGACACUCCCUAUGAACGACACUUUCGUUUCUUAAUAAUACUAACAAAUCCAAAAUCAGAUUUUUACACUGUGAUGGAAGAAAUUUUUAUACUUUGCUAUAAUUUUGACGUCAUUGAUGCAAACAUCUUAACAGCUCACCCAACAAAAGGUGUCCAUAUGUUCACUUAUUAUUUGUUCUCUGAAGAAAUGUGUCGUCGUUGUGUACCAAUACUUAUGUACAAUUUCAAUGAAGGCUUUGAGAAUUUCGGAACUAUUUUUCCAAGAAAGCUCACAAAUUUUCACGGAUGUCCAUUUAAGGUUGCAGCCCGUAGUUAUCCUCCAUAUUUCACAUUUGUUGGGAACACAAGUCAUCCAGAAUCGAUAGGAGAUUGGGAAAAUAUGUCUGGUAUUGAAGGAACUUUGUUAAAGUUUCUAGCCGAAACAUUAAACUUUACGAUUGAUUUGCAACCGUUUCAAUAUGAACGGAGCUAUGUUAAAGACAACCAAUCUUAUGGUUGUUUGCAAGAGUUGGAAAAAGGCGUAGCAGAUAUUGCUGUUGGCGGUUUUAUUGAUUCAAAUGAUGAAAGAUGGCUUUUUUCUCCAACCUACUCAUAUCAUACAUCAUCGCUUUUGUUUGUGGUUCGAGGAAAAUACAUGAUCAACUCACUUCGUCGUCUUGCCAAACCAUUUUCCACUGAAGUUUGGUGUCUUGUAUCAAGUUUUUUCGUCCUUACCAUACUCUUUCUGAUAGUUUUGAAAAUGGUCAAACGAAACGUUCAUAAAUUUGUCUUUGGAGAACAGGAUCAAAAUCCAGUGACAAAUUUUAUUGCAAUUUUCCUUGGCUAUCCAAUACGUCAAACACCUCGUCGCAAUUUCGCCAGAUAUAUUUUCUUACAAUUCCUUCUUCUCACUCUUGUCUUGCGCAAUGCUUAUCAAGGAUCUUUGUACGACGCUUUUCGUAAGGAUAGAUUUGCUCAAGCUCCAUCAGGAUUUAGAGAUCUUCUUAAAUGGAAUUACACACUUUUACUUCCUCCAGGGGCCUCGCAGCUUUUUUAUUUGGAUUUUCCAAAUGACCGAAUUAUUGUCGUUGAAAGUACUUCGUACGAUUCAAAGCUUAAAAUUUUGGAAGAAUUAGAAGGCAAAUUUGCAACAGUCGGUAUGGCAGACACUUUGCUUUAUUAUUUCCAAACAAGCUUGAGAAACGGAACUGAGAUUACAGUUAUACCUGAAAACAUUAACAAUUAUCAAUUUGUUAUGUUUUUACCGAAACAUUCGAUUUAUUUGUCGGGUUUUAAUAAAAAAAUAAAAGAGUUAGCUGCUAUUGGAAUGAUGGCAAAAUUGGGUACUCAGUUUACAAGUUGGGAUCCAUUAUUGGGUAAAUAUUUAAUGCAACAACGAGACAAGGUUCCUCUUCGUAAUAAGCGUGCUGCUUCAAUGUCAAAUAAUAAUGCCAUAGCCGAGGUGGUUCUUUAUAUUAUCCGAGAACAUCUAAGCAAUUUGACAUCAACUAUUGCAUUGGCCGAACAUAGUAAAACACCUGAAACAGAAAACACAAAUACUCAUUUAUUGGACUUCAUACUUCAGAAUCUUAAAGGAAAAACUGCAGUUCAGUUUUCCCCACCUGAUUACUAUAGUCAACCGUUAAAGUACUACGUCUUCAUUGUGGACUCUCCAGAUGCAUUUAGGGAACUCUAUCAAUUUUUUAAGAACACUACCUUCGAGCGACACUUUCGUUUUCUGAUAAUUUUAACAAACCCAAAAUCAGAUUUUUACAAAGUGAUGGAAGAAAUAUUCAAACUAUGCUAUAACUUUGACGUAAUCGAUGUUAACAUAAUAAUUGAUCAUCCAACCGAAAAAAGUGUCCAAAUGUUCACCUACUACCUAUUUUGGGAGUCCAAUUGUCAUGGUUUUCGUCCAAGGCUUUUGUACAAUUUCAAUGAAGGCUUUGACAAGCUUGAAAAAGUUUUCCCAAAGAAGCUGAAAAACUUUCACAAAUGUCCAAUUAGGAUUGCAGCUCGUUCUUAUCCUCCAUAUUUCGUGUUUGCUGGAAACACAAGUCAUCCUGAGCCGAAGGGAGACUGGGAAAACAUAUCCGGUUUGGAAGGAUAUUUGUUGAAAAUUCUAGCCUUAACAAUGAACUUCACAAUUGAUUUGUUACCUUUCUCAGAACAACGAAGUUAUGCUUUUAGAGCGAAUCAAACAUAUGGAUGUUUUAAACAGUUGCAUGAUCUUGAAGCCGAUAUUGCUGUUGGGGCCUUUUGGAGUUCAAAUGGUCUCCGACAUAUUUUUUCGCCAACUGUUGGAUAUCAUUCGUCUACGUUUAUAUUUGUUGCUCGGGGAAAAAGUGUAUUAAGUUCAUUGGGUCGUCUUGCCAAGCCUUUUACAAUUCAAUUGUGGAUUCUUGUGCUGGGGUUUCUUUUACUUAUCAUGUUCUUAGCAUCAGUUUUAAAAAUGCUAAGGCUAAAAGUUUAUCAAUUUAUCUUCGGAAAAGAAAAUCACAAUCCAGUGACGAAUUUGUUGGCAGUUUUUCUUGGAUAUGCAGUUAAUCGAAUACCACGUAGAAAUUUCGCCAGAUACAUUUUGUUUCAAUUACUUCUUCUUACCCUCAUCUUGAGGAGUGCUUAUCAAGGAUUUCUAUAUGAUGCUUUUCGUAAGGAUAAAUUUGAUCGGACUCCUUCAGGAAUUGAUGAUCUCAUUAAAUUGAACUACACGCUUUUACUUACGCCAGAGGGUUCUAAAGUGUAUAAACACUAUCCCAAAGAGCUUAUAAAUAUCCAAACAAAAGAAUAUAAAAAUUUACUUAAAAUGUUGGAAAGAUCGGAAAAAAGAUAUACAACAUUAGUUUUACAAGAUAGAUUCUUUUAUCAUUUAAAGAAAAACGUUAGAAACCGCCAAUCUGAACUUCUUGUUGUGCCAGAAAUUUUUAACAAUUUUCAUUUAGUUAUGGUUAUGCGAAAACAUUCGAUUUACUUGUCAGCUUUUAAUAAAAAGUUGAAAGAUUUUGCUGCAGCAGGAAUAUUAUCACAAUUAAGCAUUCGAGCUACAAAAAGUGAAAAAGAAAUAAUUAAAACAUUUUUAAUGAGAGAAAGUGCGAAGGUGCCACUGCAUAAUGCACGGUUAUCGGCUUUAUAUAGUAUUUGUGGUUUAUUGAUUGGUGUUUCUUUGGUGGUGUUUUGUUUAGAAAUACUAUCAGUUUAUAAUAGAAUGUUACAGAAAAUAUUUGAUUGA